UCGGGGUGAUGAGCGUCCUAGCCGUGCGAGGAGGCAGCCGCCGAUAGUGAUUUUGUACACACACGCAUAUACAUACAUAAAUAUAUAUAUGUAAGACUUUGGUCCGUCCGGGAGCAUGGAGCAUGAGGAGAGCCCGUCUGGACCGACGGACGGCUCGCAGAGCCAUUCAUGGAGGCAAGAGAGGAGCCUGGGAAAGCUCACCACCAAGUUCGUCUCCCUGUUGCAAGACUCGCAGGACGGAGUGAUUGACCUCAAAGAAGCUGCUCAGAUCCUGGCUGUCAGACAGAAAAGGCGCAUCUAUGACAUCACCAAUGUGCUUGAGGGUAUUGGUCUGAUUAAGAAAAGGUCCAAGAACAGUGUACAGUGGAAUGGUAUGAUACCAGAAAGUAACUCACGGGAGGUUGCGGAGAGACUGAUCGACUUAAAGUCUGAACUGGAUGACCUGGAGUUGAAGGAAAGUGUGUUGGACCAACAGAACAUUUGGCUCCAACAGAGCAUUAAGAAUGAGAUAGAAGAUUUCAAAAACAACCCUUUUGCCUAUGUGAACCAUGACGACAUCUGCCGCUGCUUCAAUGGUGAUACCCUCUUGGCAGUGCGCGCGCCCUCUGGAACACAGUUAGAUGUUCCCAUACCAAAAGCUGUGCUGGAUAAACCAAAAAGAUAUCAGAUCCAUCUGAAAAGCACUAACGGACCCAUCGACAUUUUGCUUAUCAAUAAAGGCCCUGUUAACUCUGUGCCUAUGGUAAUACCGGUCCCACCGCCCAAAGAACUUUUACAGAGCACCAGGUUUGCUGCAUCUUCUGCAUGUGGAACUGGAGACACCUCCUCAUCUGGAUGGGCUGUAGCUAAUGCCAACCAGGCAGCUGAUGAGCUGGGCACUAAUUACCGACAAAGGACCUCACGAGACACCCAGCCUCCUGAGAUAACAUCUAAUAUUGCUGACCCUCACAGGACGGACACAUCUGAAUGCCUGACAGACAUACUAGACCCAACCAAAGAAGUAAUGAGUACAGAUCUGAUAGCAGAGCUUAUGGCCUCUGAAGUCUUCUCUCCACUCCUACGUCUCUCUCCCCCCCCGAGUGACCAUGACUACAUCUACAAUCUGGAUGAGAGCGAGGGCCUCUGUGACCUCUUCGACAUCCCUGUCCUCAACGUUUGACCAUGAUGUCGCCUUCAGCCAAAAGGCAGAAAAGGCUAUUAUUUGGGUGUCUCCCCGCCUGCCGCCCAAUGACUGCUGGGAUAGGCUGCAGCAUCCCCGCGACCCUGAAGGCAGGAUAAGCGGUUUGGAUAACGGCUGGAUGGAUGGAUGCUGAAAAGAGGAAAGCUCCCACAGAGAAUACCAGUUCACUG